CAGAGUGUCGAGAAGGUGGCUGCACGACUUGACCAUAAAGACUGGCACGUCCGGCAGGCGGCCCUUACGGUCCUUCAACGUCAAUCCUCCCUGCCGGAUAAAGUCCUUCUCAACCCUCGAUGUUUUAAAUCACUCCACAAAAGUUGGCUGCAGCUUAGUUUCACAGAACAGGUUUAUGGAUCUAUCACGAAGAAUGACUUUUCUCUUAACACUCCCAAAGGUGUUCAAGCAACUCACUUUAACAGCGAAGAUAAACUAGGUCUAUUUAGAGGCGUCAUUACAGAAGUACAAUUAAGUUUAUGUAUUCCUGAGAAAUGAAAUAUUGAUGGAAUGGCAAUAAGAUGUAGAAGACGGCUGCCGCUGGGAAAUGUAAUUAGGUUGUGAUGACUUCUCACAAUAGGCGAGAUCUCUAAUAUACCAUCUGCAAUAUAGCGAUAUCCAGUGCGUGGAGGAACGUGGC